AUGGUGCUACCUACUUCAGUGGGUUGUGUAGGACUGCUGAGAAAAAUCUAUGCAGAGCUGGCAAGAUGGCUUGGUGGGAUCAGCAAGGUGGAGGAGUCAGCCCUGAGAGCCCUGAGACAAAACUUAUUUGCUCAUUCCUCAGACCUGCUUGUGGAAUUUAAGAAGCAUGAUGCCUCUGAGAGUGGUGUGAUCACCCUGAGUGACUGGGCGGUUGCUGUGGAGUCUGUGCUGCACCUGGGAUUGCCAUGGCGGAUGCUACGGCCACAGCUGGUGAACAGUUCGGGGGAUAAUGUGCUGGAGUACAAGUCUUGGUUGGAGAGUUUGGCCAAAGAACAACUGAGCCGAGAG